CACACACAACACCUUCAGAGGUCCGUCUGCUAAUGGGCGUGUUCCCUUGCGCUGAUGGUGGCGGGUGCGGGUGCGUCUCCGGCGGUGAGGUCGUGGAACACCUUGAGCACCGCAUGACAUAACUCGCCCUGACACACACAACACACAAUGCAUCCAUACACACCAAAACACACACUCCUCGGCUCACUCUCACCGACCGCGUCGUAGUUUGUGUCUUGUGCGAAUGGCUCCACAGCUCCUCCCAGGCUGGCACACAUGAUGCCGUAUGAGUCCGAUGCGACCCCAGACUGAAACACAGGAACGCACGAAAGCACCAACAGAUGGAUGGCUGUGUGCUGAUGGAUGGAGGUACCUACCUCUAUGGCCGGCUGGCAUGUGUUGCGCCAUGUCUUGACCAGCUCGACACCUGACAGAAUGGCACAGCACAACGCAGCGGUGGGGAGUCACAUAUACGUUGGAGAGGGGCCACUUACCGACAACCCCCUUGUCCCUGAGCAUACUGGCGAAGGAUAGACACUGUCAAGAGAGAGCGGUGCACUCAGGGAUAGACCUUUCCCUCUCUGUGUCUGUCUCUCUCGGUGUGUCGCCGACCGUGUCGUAGCCCUUCGGCCUGGCCCUCUUAUUGAUAUCGACAGCGGCAGCACCCAACCCCACCACCUCUGAUUUGCUAUCCUUUACUCCGCCUGCAGAAAAAGGAAAGUCAGCCGCCUUUAUCCAUUCUCCUCUCUCUGCUGGAUGCUCUCCCCACCCCUGUUUCUCGAAGCCAUCAGAUCCAUCUCUGUCGGCGCCUCCCUGUCGCCAGUAUCAGCUGCAGUGCCCCCUCCCUUGUCUUUCGUAUCGUCAAUGACCUCGUCCCACUCUGUGUCGGUCGUGUCAACGGCGAUAGAGGGAGGAGCCCGGGCACGAGUAAUGUGCUGCUGCUGCUGCUGCUGCUGCUGAGGGCGGCUGGCCGCCGUGGCAUGUGCAGCACUGAAAGCGGACACGCACAUCAGUUUUUUCCUUCCAUGUUCCUUCCCACUUCUCCCACUUGUUCGUUGCGGUUUCUUUGGUGUGGACGGUAUCGUCAUACGGCGCCGCCCUCUGCAGUGAGGAGUCGAACUGGUCCACACCCAGUGCAGGUGCCCUCUCGUGGGCCUCCUGGUGCUGUCUGUUGCUGCCAUGGCCAUGGCGGUGGGUGUGGCCGUGCCGCUUGUGCUGGCCCUUCUUGAGCUGCAGCAGACCCGUGGGAGCGUCUUGCUGCCUGGCCGACACCUCACAGAGGGCACAUGAUGCCGUCAACACGAGAAGCUGCAAAGAGGGAACACGCACGAGAUGGAUGGAUAAAAGUUCCUCCUUGCACCAGCAUGAAUGGCGUGAUGGCAAGGCCACCGCAUCCGCCGCUUCUUUGCCCCUCCCUGGCCAUUUUGUGCCCUCAAAAGCGAUUUCCAGCUCCCGUUCUAAGCUCGCAAGGGGCUUGCCCGCAGCGACAUUCACAGAUCUUGAAAAUGGCCGUCGACAUCAGUCACACUCGGGUGAGAGGAGAGGAGCCUGCAGGCCAAGCAAUGCAUGAGCAAAGUGUCAGAAGUGCAAGUCGGUCCAGGGUUUAGGGUCUAGGGUUCAUAGACCGACGAUCCACUGAUCUGUGAGACAGGACGGCUGUUGAGUCUGUCCGUUCCAUGAGACAGGCCAUGGCGGACAGGACGUCAGACAGGAUGGACUGACGCAUACUACAUGUCCUACGUGG